AUGUCCCUCCUCAUCUUCCUUGUUCAAAUUCUUGCUCAUACCUGCAGAUCACCUGCAACUUCACUCAACAACACCUUUCUCUUCAAUGGCUUCCGCCCCUCAGACCUGAACCUAUCCGACUCUGCAACUGUUACGAGAACGGGGGCUCUUUCCCUGACCAACGGUCACCUUGCCACGAAUCCAGGCAUCAAAGGCCACGCGUUCUACCCUGCCAUUCUGCAGUUCAAAAAGCCUCCUGGUGCUAAGAAAACCCAUUCGUUCAGUACCCGUUUCGUGUUCGAAAUCGUAUCCCAUUUCCCGGAGUCAGGCGGCCAUGGCUUCGCAUUCGUCCUGGCGCCGGCCACCAACUUCUCGCAGGCCACCGGAGGCAGCUACCUUGGCCUUUUCAACCGGGAGAACAACGGAAACCCAUCCAAUCAUGUAUUUGCAGUUGAAUUCGAUACGGUUCAACAAGAAAAAAUGAAUGACAAAGAUGGAAACCAUGUGGGCAUCGACGUGAACGGUGCGAACUCCAGUUUCUUGAAGCCUGCCACUUACUAUACAGAGUUUGGCAAGAAAGAAAAAGUGGUUCUUGACUGCCAGACCACCAUUCAGGCAUGGAUAGAGUACGAUGGGCAGGGAAAGCAGCUGAAUGUCACCAUAGCUCCAUUGUCACACCCGCUCAAGCCUAACUGUUCCCUCAUAUCAUAUUCCAUCGAUCUAUCCCCUGUUCUGCUUGAACACAUGUAUGUUGGAUUCUCUGAUGGCAUUCAAAAGCUAGAAAGCAAGCACUAUAUCUUGGCAUGGAGCUUCGCGAUGGAUGGAAAAGCACCAGAAUUGGACCUCUCACGCCUUCCUUCUAUUCCUCGGGAUCAUACUCCACUAUGGAAGUCUUUUAAGCUGUUCCUUUUCGUUUCUGCAGCAUUAGUGGCCCUGUUAUUUCUCAUCAUCAGGGUUGGCAUAUCUUAUUUGAUCAAGAGGAAGAGGAAGCUCACGUCUGAGAAGAUAGAAGGAUGGGAGAUGGACUACCCACAUAGGCUCCCCUACAAGAAAAUCUACAGGGCAACUAAAGGUUUCAAGGAAGAAUUGGGGAAAGGAGGCUUUGGCAGUGUCUACAAAGGUGUGCUGCCCAGAAGCGGAAUAGAGGUUGCAGUGAAGAGAGUCUCACAUGGUUCAAAGCAGGGGAUGAGGGAAUUUGUGGCAGAACUGUCAAGCUUGGGGAGGAUGAGGCACAGAAACCUGGUAAGACCUACUCCUGGUUUAUGA